CCUCUCCGCCCCCUGCGCGCCGCCGCCAUGGCGGAGCUGGAGCUGGGGCAGCACUGCGGGGUGCCCGAGUGCCGCCAGCUCGAUUUUCUUCCCUUUGUGUGUGAUGGCUGUUCAGGCAUCUUUUGCCUUCAGCACAGGAGCCGGGAUGCUCAUGGGUGUUCUGAGGUGAAUAUAAGAAACAAUUCUCUGAAACCUGAUCAGCACAGAUCUUACCCAUGCUCAUACAAGGACUGCAACGGAAAGGAGCUUUUGCCAGUGUUAUGUCCUUACUGUGGAAAACAUUUUUGUCUCAGACAUCGUCAUCAAUCAGACCAUGAAUGUGAGAAGCUGGACACUCCAAAACCUCGAAUGGCUGCCACCCAGCAGCUUGUUCAACAUAUUAUAGAUUCUAAGAAGAGUGACGAAGUGAAAAGCAAAAAACGUAAAGGAGCAAAGAACAGUGAGACAGCAGCAAAAGUGGCAUUAAUGAAACUGAAAAUGCAUGCAUGUGGGGACAAGUCCUUGCCUCAGACAGAAAGAAUUUACUUUCAAGUAUUUUUACCAAAAGGGAGCAAAGAGAAAAGCAAACCCAUGUUCUUUAGCAGUAAGUGGAGUAUUGGCAAAGUAGUAGAUUUUGCAGCUUCCUUAGCAAGCCUUAAAAAUAACAACAACAAAUCAACAUCCCAGAAACUGAGAUUAUGCCAUACUGCCUCUGGAGAAGCCUUGCCAUUUGAGCACACACUGGAAACAUGGCUAUCUGAUAAAGACUAUCCACUGUACAAUGGAGGGAAUAUAAUUCUGGAGUAUCUUGAUAAUGAUGUUCUAUUUAUAGAAGAUACAGAAUCCUACUUUAGUUAGUCAGUAAAUUUCCACAAGCAAAAAAAAAAAGCAGUAUUUUUUAGAAGCAUGGUAUUAAAGGAAGUCCAGUUUUCUUUUUAAAUCACUGGUAUGCCAGAAUGUCUUCCAUUGUAAAGACACAAUUCCCAUCAAUUUCUCAGUUGUUUGACUGACAGAAGAACUAUGUCCUGAAAAUAAAAUUAUAAUUAACAUUACA